AACUUCUAACUAAAUCAUUAGUAUUAUAGCACACAUAAUGCGGCUACUGGGAGGACUGGGAGCUUUAACCAAACACUACGAGAGAGAAUCUGAAUCUGAAAUCUGAAUUAUUACUGUCUGGGACCUUUCAGGAUUCUUACUGGGAAUACUGGGACUUCAUUAAAACGGGUUUUAAGAAGCAUCUGUUUCUCCCACUUCCCAUACUAAAAACAACAAAGCAAACUUUUUGCAAACAUUGUAGUCGAUUCUAACAGCAAGAUGAAUAUGCUACUACUGAGCCGUUUUCAAAAGUCGAUUGGAUGAGUUUCAGCUUCACAGAUGUUGCAGAGAAGACAGACACAAGAUGGACCUCUGUCCUCUGGUCUCCUGGUUUGGAUCUUAAAUGACUGAAGACACACAAGGGAGAAGAUGAUCUGCAGCAUCCUGCUGCUCAUCAUCCUGACCUCCUGUGUCUCUGGAACAUUUGUAGUGAAUGUGACCCAGACCUCCUAUCAGGCAGAGGAGAACCACCACAUCACACUGGAGUGGACCUUCACAACCAACCCUCACACUUCCUCCAACUCUCUGAAUAUCUUCUGUGAACUGUUCACUGAUCUCAGACCCUCAGUCCUGUUUCAUCUGCAUGAAGGAGUUGAGGUCCCAGAGUCUCAGGAUGAACAGUUUGCAGGACGAGUCCAGUGGGACAAAGACGUCCUCAGAGAAGGACGACUCAGACUUCAUGUGUCCAGACUCAGGACUGAAGACACGGGCCUGUACAAGUGUCAAGUAAUCACAAGUUAUGGGAGGAACUCUGGUAAAUGUUGGCUCAAUGUUACUGCAGCUGCUGACGAGCCCAAACCUCAGAGACCAACAGUGAGACCAGAACCAGAGAGUCUGGGAAACAUCUGGAUCCUCUACGCUGGACUGGCAGCAGCAGCAGUAGCAGCAGUUCUACUGAUUCUCUACCUCAAACGUCUCUUUGUCUUCAAUCCUUGUUUAUCAUAUUGUUCAUGUAACUACAUGUUAACGUCUAAAUUCAGUUAUUAAAGCAGAAAUGACUAA